AUGGCGCUCAGGCCAUUUUUAAUGUGCUUUGCCCUCUGCGUGGUGUACGCCACCAGCAAGCCCACGGACAAGAAGGAACGCGUCCUCCACGAUGACCCACUUAGUAAUUUGGAACACAACGACGGUGACAACUUUGACUAUGACCAUGAGGCCUUUCUGGGGCAGGAGGAGGCCAAGACCUUCGACCAGCUUUCACCUGAGGAAAGCAAAGAGCGUCUUGGCAUGCUUGUGGAACGUAUCGACAAAGACAAAGACGGCUUUGUGACGACAGAGGAGAUGAAAGAUUGGAUCAGAUACACCCAGAAGAAGUGGAUGUUCGAGGAUGCAGAUCGCCAGUGGAAGACCUAUGACCUCAACAAUGAUGGCAAGCUGGAAUGGGAAGAGUACAAGAACUCCACGUACGGAUACAUGCUUGAUGAACCAGACGCUGAAGAUAACUACAGCUACAGUACGAUGAUGGCGCGUGAUGAGAGGAGGUUCAAGAUGGCCGACAUGGAUGGAGACAAUCUUGCUAAUAGAGAAGAGUUCACUGCUUUCCUUCACCCUGAGGAGUUUGAGCACUUGAGAGAGAUCGUGGUGCUUGAAACGAUGGAAGAUAUUGACAAGAAUAAAGAUGGUGUAAUUGACAUAGAUGAGUACAUUGGUGAUAUGUACAACGCGGAGGGUUUGGAGGAGCCUGAGUGGGUGAAGACGGAGAGAGAGCAGUUCACCCAGUUCCGGGACAAGAACAAGGAUGGCAAAAUGGACAAGGACGAGACCAGAGACUGGAUUAUGCCAAAAGACUAUGACCAUGUUGAGGCAGAAGCUAAGCACCUUGUUUAUGAGUCUGACAUGGACAAGGAUGGCCGCCUGACCAAGGCUGAGAUUGUGGACAAGUACGACUUAUUUGUGGGCAGUCAGGCCACCAACUUUGGAGAAGCCCUCACUCGCCACGACGAGUUCUAA